AUGUAUCUUUCGCAAAUUUUACUACGCGGAUGCUCCAGAACUGGAGGUCGCAAUUCUCUGGCUGCGGACCGCGGUGGGGGCAAGGCUCGUGCCUGGUUCAGCGCUUAUGGACCUCGGUGCAAGUGCCCCAGUGGCAGCACUUCGAGUACACCAUCAGGGCCCAGUCGCCCUCCUGGUCCGGGUGCAACGCUGGAGGACGACGAUCCCUUGAAAGGCUUCGAGUUGAGCUUUUUGUCGUUGAGUGGCGUGGACGACACAGUCUCUCCGCGAACGCUGUGCGACAUUUCGCAGGAAUUUUCCUUCGUGGAGUGGGGAGUCAACUUCCGGGCCGAGAAGCAGGGUCGCGAGCCGAGAUAUGCCUCGCUCGCGUGGCUGCGCCAGCUACAAGAAGAGAUCGAUCGGCGACAGCAGACCGGAAAGUUUGCUCCGAUUCACUUCGCUGCCCACCUGGGAGGUGAGUACUGCGUGGAUGUCUUAAAGGGCGAUGCGUCGCUGGUGCGCACACUCUGGGAGGAUUAUGGCUUCCUGCGGGUGUACCUCUGCCCGACGCGCGCCAAUGGCGUGAACAGCUCGCAGCUGAAGAAGUACCUGCAGUCGCUACGGUCAGUGAUCCUGGCGCUACCCCAAGUCGAGUUUGUCUUGCUGGUGACCAAGGAGACGAGGGCGCUGACGUUUCAUUUGAU